UCGCAAAAUAAAGCAAACCGCUGGAAAUAAAUCAAAGAAAUUAAAAUAUACUCGGAUUACACACGAUCAAAUAUUGAUACGUGUACGCCUUUUGCGGAGCGAGAUUUUGCAGCUAGAUCCGGAGCAUUUCGUUAUACCAGAGCGAGAAAAAUGACACGGGGAAACCAAAGGGACUUGGCGCGCCAGAAGGCGCAAAAGAAACUCUCCGAACAGACCAAGGGAAAACGCACCGAUAAUCUCACCGUGGAGCAGCGCAAGGCUAGGGAUGCUGAGGUGAUGCGGGAGAAGCAGAAGAAAAAGGAAGAUGCUGCAGCAGCUGGGACAAGUAAAUAGAGGCCAGCCAACAGACAACUCCAUCAGGUAGACAGAUGCAGGCGUGGGUCACACACAAAUUUGUUAGUGGAUAGUCAGUCGUUGCGUUCCAGGGACCUGGGAUCUGGAACAGUCAACGCCAUUCUACAUGAGAGUAAUAUAAUGAGAAUUUUAUACAUUUCAACGCUACAACUAUGCAUAGAUAUUACCGAGCUGUAGCUGUACCGAGCAAUAUUUAAGCCCAGCCCACAACCCACAGGUCACACCACACAAACGGUCUCAAUGGAUUUCGAUUUCAAUACCGCCAUGGUUUUCGUUCCCUUUUUCCUUUUCGCAGUGUCCGGCUGAAACAUAAUUAAGCAAAACUGUUUAUUUCUCAACAUACCUGAUUAAAAAUUACUUACUCUAAUGUA